AUGGCACAAUACCCGCCCCUAGAAAGCAUCAGGAGCGUGCUAAUUGCAAACCGAGGAGAAAUUGCCGUCCGAUGCAUUCAUGCAUGCAAGGCAACAAUGCCUCGCUCCAUGUUCGCUUGCGGACGAAUCCCUGAGCUUGGCAGGCGAUGGAACCGCUGGAUAUUUAGACAUGCAAGUUAUGAAGAUGCAGAUGAUGUCAAUUAUUUUUUAAGGUUAUGGCUGCUAAUCUGUAUCAUUAGUGACGACAUCCUUCAACUUUGUAAAAGGCACAGCAUUGACGCGGUCAUCCCAGGCUACGGGUUCUUGAGCGAAAAUGUCGAAUUUGCCAAGCAGGUCACAGAUGCCGGCAAGAUCUUCAUUGGGCCAUCAUCUGAGUCUAUCACAGAGAUGGGUCUAAAGCACCGGGCAAGAGAGGUUGCUCAAGAGGCUAAAGUACCUGUAGUUCCAGGAACUGAUCUCCUGGCUUCUGAAGCUGAAGCUCUAGCUGCUGCUGACACUCUGACAUAUCCUGUAAUACUCAAAGCUACAGGUGGCGGAGGCGGAAUGGGCCUCAAAAUUUGCCAUUCACCAGAUGAUAUCAAUGCCGCCUUUUCAAUGGUGAAAAACAGGGGUUCUCAAUUGUUCAAGAACGAAGGUGUGCUCCUUGAAAAAUAUUACGCCCGCAGCCGUCAUGUGGAAGUCCAGGUUUUCGGCAACGGCCGGGAUGUCAUCCACUUUGGAGAGAGAGAAUGCAGUAUUCAGAGACGCCACCAAAAGGUUAUUGAAGAGUGCCCAAGUCCCUUUGCGGAAGCACACCCUGGCCUUAGAAAAACACUCACGAACUUCGCAAUAAACUUCGCCUCCGCUCUCAAUUACAAGUCCGCCGGCACUGUUGAAUUCCUUGUGGAUGGCAAUACUGCCCAGUUCUUCUUCUUAGAAAUGAACACCAGGCUGCAAGUGGAGCACGGGAUAACGGAACUGUGCUAUGGCGUGGAUAUUGUUGUGUUGAUGCUCCGGCAGGCUGAUCUAGAGAGGGCUGGGAAGGGCGGCAUUCCCUCAUCAGAAUUGCUCUCCUUGCAGAAGCCGGCACCAAACGGUGUUGCCAUUGAAGCUCGUAUUUAUGCCGAAGAUCCGUUCAAAGACUUUGCACCCAGCCCAGGGGUCUUUCAGGAGGUCUUUUGGCCCAAUGAUGGCAACGUCAGGAUUGAUACAUGGAUCCAAUCUGGCCAACAUGUUUCUCUGCAUUAUGAUCCAUUAAUUGCAAAAGCCAUGGUUUAUUCAUCAAGUAGAGAUGAAGCUAUAAGCAAAAUGAUAGAUCUAUGCUCGCGCCACAUAAUACUACGAGGCCCCACGACGAACCUUGACUUUGUGUCGGCUAUCCUAUCAUCUGAAGCAUUCAAGCAAGGUGACACAUUGACGAAUUUCCUUGACACCCGAUUCAAAUACCAUCCCCAUGGAAUCCUGGUAUUAUCGGGGGGCUCGCAUUCACUAAUCCAGGACUUUCCCGCAAGAGCUUCGUUAGGUCAUGGUAUCCCAAAGAGCGGGCCCAUGGACAGCCUCACAUCGCGCAUUGCAAAUCUCCUGGUCGGAAACCCACAGGGCACAGAGGUCGUCGAAAUCACUCUGUUAGGUCCUGAGCUGCUCUUUGUAUCAGCUGCCGUCGUUUCAGUCUGUGGAGCUGAAUGCCUGGUUACUGUUGAUGGGACAGAGCGACCAAUGUGGUCUUCCUUGGUCAUCAAGGAAGGGCAAAAAAUGAAAAUCGGUUCUGUGAUUGGAAGCGGCUGCCGUGUAUAUCUCUCUGUGAAGGGAGGGUUUCUAAAUAUUCCGAUUGUAUUUGGGUCCAAGUCAACAACCCCAAGCCUGAAGUUCGGUGGUUGUCAAGGACGGGCACUUCAGCAGGGUGACUUCUUGCAAGUGGAGAAAGCGAGUUUGCGUUGGACACAAGAAACUCAGGAAUACAUCUUACCGGUGAAUUUAAGGCCAAGCAUGGACGUAACAGAGAUCUACGUCUUACAAGGGCCUCAUGAUUCCGACGACAUCAUGACUGCUGAAGACCGAUAUAUGCUUUACAACACCGACUGGAAAGUUGGCCAUAAUUCUAGCCGAACUGGGGUCAGACUGUUGGGGCCAACACCAAAGUGGGCGCGCGAAACUGGAGGAGAAGCUGAAUCACAUCCCUCAAACUAUCUUGACUAUGGUUACCCCUCUCCUGGUGGGCUCAACUGGGGCGGCAACUCGAGCAUUAUCUUGACGGCAGACAGCCCUAAUUUUGGGGGACUCGUCUGUUCAACAACCGUCAUAUCCACCGAACUAUGGAAAUUAGGCCAGUUGAAGCCGGGAGAGUCCUUCCGAAUGACGCCAAUCACUUUGGACUCUGCCGUCAGUCAGUUCCAUAUGAUAGAGACGUACUUGUCGACAAUUUCCAAAAGCAUAUCCAGACUAGCGACAAAGGCAGCUGAAUUUGAUUUGUCUCUCCCACGAGCUGAUGUGGGAGGUCAUGCUUCUAUCCUGAAGAUUACAAGGCAAUCCCCAAUAGGAAUCUUCGACCCGAAAGUCACCUAUCGACAGGGAGGAGAUAGAUUUUUACUUCUUGAGUUUGGAGAUCAAUCGACAAAUGUUGUAACAAUCGUCCGGAUCAAGUUAUUAAUGGAAAAACUCCGUGCUUUGCUAGACCUGGAUCUUCUUUUAACCCCACAUGUUGGAUUGUUGACUAUCGAAUAUAAUCCUCUCAAGAUCGCACAAGCCGGGUUACUGAAUCGCGUCUACGAGAUCGAGUCUAAUCUCGAAAUGACGUUGGAUUUCACCAUCCCCUGCCGCGAGCUCCACGUGCCUCUGGUCAUGGACCAUCCCGACAUUCAGGAAUGCAUCGGGCGAUAUAUGACAAUGGUCCGAGACAAAGCAGCCUAUCUUCCCGACAACCUGGAAUAUAUUCGAAAGUACAAUGGACUGGACAGUCGCAGACAGGUUUUCGAAAUAAUGCUAGAGACACAAUACAUCAUUGCCGCAGUUGGAUUCCUGUGCGGAACUCCGAUAUUCUUUCCUCUUAACCCCAAGGCCUUCAUGGGCCAGAAAUAUAACCCUACAAGAACCAGCACACCUGGGGGCACGAUUGGCCUCGGGGGAUCCAUCCUGUCGGGAUACUCACUCGAGCAACCUGGAGGAUACAUGCUGGCGGCAAGAACCCUUGAGAUGUGGGACACUUUUGGCACAAAGCCAGGCUUCACGGCUGAGAAGCCUUGGAUUUUUGAGCCUUUUGACAAGGUCAAAUUUUACGAGGUGGGCGUUGAAGAGUAUGAUUCCCUUGCAAGAGACUUCUUUGCAGGAAAAUCCCGGUGGCAAAUCUCAGAGUCAACAUUUGACCUUCGCCAGGUAUACGACUUGUUCGAGAAGUCAAAGACAGAUCUUGAUGUUAUCGAGUUCAAAAAACGACAGAAGCAAGGCAUGGAUGAGCAGGACAGGCUCGAAGGAGCACUUUACGAUGAAUGGCAAGCAGAUAAACUUGCUGAAGACUCUCUGGUAGCUACAGAAUUUAACGAUCCUGGUAUCGAAAAUACUCUGGCCAUCUAA